UUGUGUCGUCGGUGUUUCUAGUGGUGCACGGAUUUAUUUGUAAAUAGAAAGCGUCCAGACGAAGGUGUGGUGUUUGUUGCCCCGCGUAAAACAUGUCGAAUGUUACGUUCUGCUAGAGAACAUCAUCGAUAGGAAGUUAACGCCGUUUUGUUGAUGCAGACGUACGUGCGCCCGUGCAUUGCCAACCCCCAUUCAUCAUUCCAACAUGUCGCUACGGAAGGGAGGCCAUGUACGGUGGGCGUUCGAUCUCGGCGGCUGGCGACCUAGUUUGGCGGAUCUGGUGCUAGCGACGGCCUGCAUCCAGCCGGAGGAGAAGAUUCGCCUGCAGCGGUUCGUAUUUCGCGAUGACUUCAAUGCGUCGCUCAUCGGGCGGCUGAUGAUGCGCCGCUUCGUCCAUCUAGCGACCGACCUGGCGUACGACGAGAUCGCGUUCGAUCGCGACACCAAGGGAAAACCGUUUCUGAAGAACGAGGGCGUGGCCGUCGAUUUCAACGUUUCGCAUCAGGGUCGGUACGCGGUGCUGGCCGGGCUUGCGACGAGCAGAACCGCCGGGAAUGCGGCGCCCACCAAGAUCGGCUGCGAUGUGAUGAAGAUCGAGUACGGUGGCGGGAAAUCGCUGGACGAAUUCUUCCGCCUGAUGACGAGAAACUUUUCCGACGAAGAGUGGCAGUACAUCCGAAGCCGCGGGGACGAACCGGCCCAGCUGGAGGCGUUCAUGCGCAACUGGUGCCUGAAGGAGAGUUACGUGAAAAACGUUGGCGUGGGGAUUACGAUUGAUCUGAGGAAAAUUAGCUUCCGGAUGCGCUCGGACCUGUUGGCUCGCGAUCGAGUCGCCAGCGAUACGACGCUGCGCGUCAACGACGAACCGAUGCAGAGCUGGCGCUUCGAGGAAUCGCUGAUCGAUCGGGAUCACUGCGUCGCGGUCUCGCUGGAAAAUGCGCCCGCCGAGGAAGAUCUGAGUGGCAAUUGCUUUGAGAUUAUCGAUUUUAAAACGCUCGUCGAGGGCCACCGGCCACUGCUGGCCAUCGAUGAGAACUACUGCGAGGGUAUUAUAAGCAAGGAGUAUAAGAAGGCCAAGUAACUAUGUGAAUGCUGGCAGUCUCAUUUUUUGUGGGUUGGUGGUGGGUUUUAUUUAGUCAAUAGGCACACCGAUGUAACGUUUGGCCAUUCUCAGUAAAACUCCAAGCGAUAGAGGAGGAAGAAACAUAGGUUAAGGUGUGUUCAGGAUUUUUGUUAUUUUGUGUACGUAAAAUAAAUAUAUAUAGCUGAGGGAAACGAACCCUCUG